AUGUUGGAAAGUCCGCGCUUCCGAUCCGCAAAGAGGCAGUUCUAUGCUCGGCCCCUUACGAAGCUCGCUCAUACCAAGAAAGAAGGCAAGUAUGAGACUGUGGAUGUGGUCGCGACGAUCAACGACAUAGGCGAAACUGUCAUACCGAAGGCGACUCUGCUAGAAGAGAUGUCCGGCCAUCUUAGACCUGGAUUUCUGACGAGAUGGAUAUCCCAAACACCACGACUGAAGAGAAUGGUGUUGUGGAGGGGAGACGCGCUCAAUAACGAUGCUGGCAAGGCUGUGGCUGACCACUGCGAACACUUCAAUGAUCUGAGAGUGUAUGAGUUUCUGGACCCAGAUGCCGACGAAGUGGUGGCUAAAUUUCUUGAUCAACUCAACGCGGACACAAUCUUGUACCUGCGAGUCAUCAGUCACAACAACCUUGGACGACUGUCUUUCGAAGCACUUGAUAGACACACCACUUUGAAGGAGCUGAUGUUGAAUAACCUCAGUAGAGAAGCUAUGGAGAACCUGAAUGGCCUGAAAGGAUGUACAAAUCUUGAGGUGCUAUCGCUGGAAGAUGGCAGAGGCACAGUCAGACUCGAAGAACUUCAUAACGAUGUCUUCCUGGAAGUAAUUAGCUGGCUCAGUUCAUGCAUUAAGCUUAAGGAUAUAACCCUCAAAAGGUUCUUUGAUGGUCCAGCUAUAUUAGCAGCGGUUGCUGUUGCGCCAGAAGUGAGAUGGUCCAAAUUGUGCCUCGAGGGUUACACUGUCAGAAAUGCUAGUUCUGCCUCCUUCCAUACAGCCUUAGCUGACCAGAAACACUUGGAAGAGCUAUAUCUGAGUGGGAAUGGAGAAGACACGCACUCUCACGAUCUUGAAAUCAUGGUUUCCUCGAUCUGCCAGCUGGGCAACCUCAGAGAGCUCAACCUCCGCCAAGUGUCGGAUGAAUUCGACAUGACACACAUCUCCAACUUGGUAUUGAAUCUGCCCUUGCUUGAAGAAUUUUGGACAAGUGGACAAGAGCUCUCGUCUGACAUAUUACCCCUGCUUGCUAACCUCCGAAGUCUCAAAAAUCUUACACUCUUUGCUCUUACACAAUUCGAUACAGAUUCGAUACUUGACUUCAUCUCUCGUCUUGACAAGGACAAACAGCAGGGGUUUCAGUUGUCGUUGAUGGCAGUCGAUCAAGACUUUGCGCUGAGUGAAGAGGAGCAGAGACUGAUUGUCGAAGCGAUGAAGGUCCAGGUCGAUGGUCGAUUUGAUUUCGUCCUUUGGAGGGAGCUGGAGUCGGAGGACAGUGAAGACGAUUGA